AUGAAACAUCAGCCGUUGUACUUUGGGUCCUUGGACGCCAGAGUUAUCCAGUAUAAGUACGCGAUAUAUAAGCUUGAACGGCUUGUGCGAGCCAUUGGUGAGCUUCUUAACGAACUAGAGACUUCCACUGAUGCAGACACCGACAGUGUGGUAUUGGUGCAAUACAUUGUGCACUUGUCCAGCACGCUAUUUGCCAUUAAUGAGCAGAAGUUUGGGCCUCGUCUUGCGGCGCUAGAGAACUUUAAGCCGGUGAAAACCACCACUGUAUCGAUUCCUCCUGUGGUUACCCAUAUACCAUAUGACUUGAAGGAUGUGGACGUCACGCCGUUGUCUGAGAUGCCACUGAAGGAAGCGACCGUUCAGGCAGCCAAGGCAUUGAGAACAACUGCUGAAAACUGCUUGGAGGGCUAUCAAAAGCGAUUGGUGAAUGCUGAAAGAGAGAUAGGCAACGAGAACUUCUGCAUAGACCUAGACAACUUGAUUGCUUCCAUGUUUAACCCUUCGGUGGACAUUGAUAUUUCCCUUAAGGCGUCGGAUUCGUCUAUUCCUGCUUUCCUUUUCCCCAUUGACCAAGAGUACCUGAACAGCCCAGAUGGAAUGGAGGCUCUGCUUAUAGAUAUCGAUCUCCAAGCGUUAUUCGUCUUGACAAGGCUGGUUCAGCAAAUCAUUAGAAGCCAUAAAGCCCCGCUUAAUAAGUUUAAAGAGCUCAAGGCGGCUUCAAAGCAGAACCAGAAAGCUGUACUUGAAGCUAUGCCUCAAUCCGGGUACGCUCUUCAUAGAGUGCUUGUAUGGGCACUUAGACUCAAUGAUUUGUACACUAUUGUGCGUCGAUACGGCCGUCAGAUCUACCUUUCCAAUUACCAUCAUUUGAACGAUCCUAAGUUUCUUUCUCACAUGCCUAAUGUCACUGUCUUCAAGACGCAGAUUCUCAAAAACAUCGAGGAAUUGUUCAAUACAUCGAAAAAGAACGGUGUUCUCGUGGCAACCAUCACGCGAUUCAUCCGUCUAAACUUUAGGGUGGAAAUCAACGUGAAACAGAUUAUAGAGUUCUUUGGAUUCAUUGGCCAGAGUUUUGUCUUGGUUGAAAACCUCGCCAAAUCUCUCGAUCAGCUUGGUAAGGCAUGGAUGGCUUGUGAAAUCAGCUUCAGAAACGCUUACGGUUUACCUAGUAAGAAUCUCUUCAAGAUUAACGAAGUCAAUGAACGUGAGAAGCUUGAGUUGGUUAGAAGGCAAAACGAAAGAAAACUCAAGGAGCUCACUUUGCAGAGAGAAAAGGCUAAACCUCAUACAAUCACGUCUCCACCUCCAAAACAAAAAGCGACAGAGCGUAUGAAGAAUUUGAUUCCGCCAGGAGAAAAGCAAAGCGAACCUCAAAAACUGCCCCUGCCAGAAGCCCGUCUGCCCAGACCGCUGCUGCCCACCAAAGAGAAAAAGCCUAGUCCUCCUGCUAACGCUCUUCGAGUUCCAGCACCAGUUCCAGCGAACAGAACAUCCUCUCUUAACAGUGAAAGUCUCAAUAACGUCAGAGCCAGAAACGGUUCUGUGGGUAAAAGGCCCACAAGUCAGUUAUUCCUUCCACUGGAAACAGCCUCAAUUACUUCUGACAGUCCUACUCCUUCUGCUGCUGACGGUGUCGAUAAAAAAGCUGCUGUGAAUACAACCGCCGGUAGAAGAAGAUCCAACUCCCUGCCAAUAUCAUUCAAUGCCGCUGCUGCCGCUUUGAACCAGAACGGAGACCAGGAUAAAGGUAACGGUCUUAGAUCACCUACAGGAAGUAUCCGCCGGACAUCGAGUCUCACGAGAUCAAAUAACGCUCCAAAUGUAACUUCGCCUCUUGCGUCGAAAACCGUUCAGUUGACUCCACUCAAAGAGGACACCACAGAGCCGGCCUCUGCUGCUCCUAAGUUGACAGCCAACCAAAAGUUCGCUCUUCACCUCAAGGAGGCCACCAAGAGUGGAAAGAUCAAUUCUCAUCAACGAGAGACCUUAACCAGCGUUGUGUUUGAUCCUAACAAUCCAACAGCCACCAAGAUCCAUAGACCUGCCGAAAAGCCUGUUCCACCGUUGCCUCAAGAAGAAGCUCCUGCUCGUGACGUCAAGGGCCCUCAAUCAAGGGCACAGAUCACCAAGCUGAACACCCAGAGAAACAGCUUAGCCUUGAAAGAGAAUGGUAACGACGUGAAGCCUCGUAUAAGCACUGAAUCUGCCACUUCGACGCCCAACACUCUUCUUUCAGAUACUCCUACGAAAGAUUCGAGUCCAAGCGUUGAAGGUGUCAUUGUCAAGAAGGUUCGGUUCGCUGGUGUUCCUGAGUACUCACCUGAAGAAGACGCCCCUACACGUCAUCCACGUGGUCUUAUGAAAAAUUUUGCCAUUUUCAAGCAGCCGCUUCUUUCGUCUAGAAGCUCUCCGCUGUUCAAAAGCAAAGAUAAUAUCUUGAAAAAGGAGGAAAGUCUUUUAUUCAGAGAGCAACAGGCACAUCCGAAGUAA